AUGAACUACCGUCCCCGUUCCUCCUCUGUCACAAGCCAAUCCUCUGUUGAGGAAGGCUCUCCCGAACUCCGAGCAGGCUUUGUUUCUCCAUCGCGUCUGCGUCGCAACGCAAGUGAGAAGAAUCCUGUUAUCAUGGCCAUGAUCAAGUCGAACACGCUUCGCAGCUGCAAUGAUGUCCAAGACAUGGUUAGCCAGUGCAUGAGCAGUGGGGAUGACAAGUCAUUCAUGUGCAAGACGGCACAAAGUUACAUUGCCAACUGCAGCAAAUGA